AUGUCCUGUGGAAAUCCAAACGAAGCCUCUGGGGAGGCCCUCAUGCCCCGAAAGCCCAAAUUCGACAAUCUCAGAGUUUGCGUCAAGUGCAGAACGUCUGGAGGGAACAUUGUUAUUCGACAUGCAGUAUAUUGCAAGGAAUGCUUCACACCUCUCAUGACAACGAAAUUCCGUCGCGCUCUCGAACCUCAUAUCAACUACCUCCCAGAUGGUCCUCGCCGUUCAGCUUUGAAGCCAUCUGGCGAUCUACUUGUCGGCUUCUCUGGAGGUUUAGGCUCGACAGUACUCCUCGAUCUGGUUCAUCGGAUUUAUAUAGCUAAAAGGAGAACAGAGAACGGAUCAGGCGGCAAGGCUCACCCAAAGACUACGAGGGUGUGGAAAAAUGUCAGAGUCUGCUACGUGGAGAUAUGUGAUGCCUUUCCUGGAAUGAGAGACAGGACUGCUGAAAUCGAGGCUGCUGUGGGUCGGUAUGAGGGGUUUGAGUUUAUACCUUCAAGGAUUCAAGAUGCCUUCGAUCCUUGCUGGUGGGAGACAGUGUCUGGAGUUUCAUCAAAAUCUCCGCCGCCUUGGGCGGUUGAUCUAAGCAAUGAAGAACUGUUCUUGUCGCCGUCGCCGUCGGAGUCAACACCACUCGCCUCACUUCACGCUUACCUCCAAUCGCUUCCUACAACGACUGCUAUUACCGCAACCAUCUCCACAUUCAUUCGCCUUCUUCUUCUGUACACUGCUCGCGCUAACGCAUCUUCCCAUCUCCUUCUCGGCACUUCGUUGACAUCACUCUCUAUCUCUCUCAUCUCAUCUAUAGCUCAAGGUGGCGGUUUUGUUAUCCCGCAAGAGGAACAAGAAGAAUGGGUGCCUUUCAGCGAAGAACACUCUAACAACAGUGCCAGCAACGGGCAAUGGAAAGGUGAAGUGCGCAUAGUUCGACCUUUGAGAGAGAUUGGGAUGAAGGAAUGUGCGGCGUGGGCUUGGUGGAAUGACUUGAAUGUGAUAGGGAAGAAAAGUUUUACCAGUUCGAGACAGACCAUCGCCGGUUUGACGAAAGAUUUCAUUGUUGGCUUAGAAAAGGACUAUCCCUCUACCGUGUCAACUAUUGCUCGAACAUGCGGCAAGUUAGCACCUAAAGACGAUGCCGACAGCCUGUGCGUAUUGUGUGAAAGGCCAGCCCAAAAAAUGGCGCACGAGUGGAAAUCUCGUAUAUCUAUACGUUCCUCAUCAGACCAGAAGUCUAUUCAAACCGACAGCCCAGCAUCUCUCACAUCUCGCCUAUGCUACUCCUGCCAUACGACUCUCACAAGCCGUAGCAGCCGGUCAGCCGUUCCUUUGAAACGAUGUGAGGCAUCUGGGCCAGCACUACCUGUCCAUCUGCCUGUAUGGAUCAACUCGCACCUGGUGACCGAACCAUCAAGCUUAGGUGUGGGCAUGACAGUCGUACCAGAGCACACUGCACAAGAGAGCGAGCUCUGGAAGAGGCAGAGGAUGGAUAAUGAGGCGAUGAGGGUUGCAAUAGGUGAGUUUUUAUUGGAAGAGUAA